AUGAUAACAGUUGAUUUGGAGGACAAUGAAGUCGUGUAUACGCAAGAAAGUGCUAUAAAUUGUACGAAUGGAUUUCUACAGUUUAGUGGCAAUGUGUGCUUCCGUUCAGAGAUCUCCGGGAAUAUCUGCUGUGAUGUUUGUUCGAAAGCGUUACUGCAAAAAUUAGAAGCAUGCGGAGAAAUAGAAGAAAUUGUUAGCGUGUUAGAUGACUUGGUUGGAGGAUGGUCUCUUCUCUAUUACAGGGCCGAUCUGAGCCGAUUUUUCAUUGGACGUGAUGCUUUCGGUCGAAAGAGCUUAUUGUGGACUCGUACAAAUAACAAAUUCUCUUUUUCCUGCUUUACCUACGAACCAAAGUGUGAUUGGCACGAUGUUCCGGCUGGCACAGUGACAGUGGUGGAUAUGCGUGAUCGGGAAGCUAACCGGCUGUUUUACAUUUUCGAUGCUGGCGAACUCUGGGCACUUCAGUUCAGCAAACUGGAGAAAAUUCAGAAGAAAAUGGCUUUGAAGAGACUCAUACCUUCUUACGAGCAGGCUGAGGAGCAGGUAUGCCGUCAAACUGUAGCAGCGGCGAUGCUGGAACAGUUAAGAGGGGCCGUUCAUCGUACAUUAAGCGAUGUUAGCCGACACACCGAGUUUAUAUCAGUUUCAUUUAGUGGAGGUAUUGAUAGCCUGCUUCUUGCGCAUAUUAUUGCACAGUGCCUGCCGCCAAAUAAAUAUGAGGAAGCGCCGGAUCGGCCACAAAGUAUCAAAGCAUACAAAUUCUUAAAAUACCGCUAUCCGGAGCGACGCUUCCAUCUUUGUUUGGUUAAUGUCGAUUUAAAUGAACUGGCUGAGUGUCGUAAAAAGUAUAUCGCAAGUGCAUUAGCGCCAGCAAGUUCGGUGUUGGACGAUUCAGUCGGUUGCGCACAAAGUUCAGAAGCGAAAAUAGUUGUGGCUGGAAGUGGCGCGGAUGAGUUAUUUGGCGGAUAUAUGCGACAUCGAGCUACCUACUUAAAGAAAGGAAGAAAAGCUGUUCUGGAUGAACUGUGUCAAGAGUUGCAGCGGAUUGGUGGAAGGAACCUCGGAUGCCAUUUCUCGAUGAUUUGUACGUGGAAUGGGUGGCUUCUUUGCCACUGGAAUGCAAAACAGAUUUUACUCAGCCGCGAGGGAUUGCUUCUUGGCACGCCAGACGUGUUGUGCACUACACCAAAACGGGCCAUGCAAUUCGGGACGAAAAUUGCGAAGCUGGAAAAUAAAAGAGAAAAGGGUGAUGAUCCUUGUGUAAGACUUCUGUAAAG